AUGAAGAUGGCCUUCCUGAGCCUGCUCGGGCUGCUGCUCGCGCCCACGACGGCCCUCAAGAUCGUCAUGGCCCCGGAUGCGUCGACCUACGCCAUCGCCGACGAGACGCGCACGUUAUUCAAGUCGGGAACGAACUCCGUCGCCGUCUUCGUCGACGGCGCGUGGAAGAGCGAGCAGGACCGGACGCUGAACCUGACGGCCUACGACCUCGUCGACGGCGACGACGCGGUCAUCGGCGCCUACGAGGGCGUCGAGAUGACCUGGGCCACGGACACGGGCACCAGGGUCGUCACGCGCGCGGUCGCGGCCGCGGCCGCCGCCGUGUUCGCGAUCUCCUUCCCGGACGGCGCGGCGAGGACGUCGCCCUACGCCCACAACGGCGAGUCCCACGAGUCGGUCGUCGCGAACUGGCCCUGCUUCGUGAGCGCCUUCGGCGCCGGGCGGCUGUCCUGGGGCGGGCCCUUCGUGCGGCCGUCGCCGGGCGCCGCGACGACGGGCCCGAUGGGCGGCCCGCUCGUCGUCUUCGACGGCGCCACGGCCGCCGUCGCGUCGGCCUACUCGUCCUUCAAGGCGAGCUCCGCGGGGCCGGGAAAGACCUGGGACGGCGCGCCGGCGGUCUGGGCGCCGGGCACCGCGGGCACCGUGGACUCGAUCCCGGCGAACUUCAGCCACGAGUUUCUCGUGAGCGUGGGCGACACGGGGAGCAUCACGGCGGCCGUGGCCGCCUGGGGCGCCCUGAUCCGGCGCAAGCAGGGCGCGACACCCUACGACGACGUGACGCUGCAAAAGGUCGGCUACCAGACGGACAACGGCGCGUUUUAUUGUUUUUGCGGCGGCGGCGACUGCUCCCGGACUCUGAUCGACAAGGGCGCGGAGCUGCGCGGCAACGGCGCGCCCAUGGGCUACCUGAGCUUCCAGGGCGCCGGCGCGUCGUCGGGCCGGGGCCAGGCCGCGCCGUGGUGCGUGUCGACGUGGGGCGUCGACGGCGGCCUCGGGAGCCAGUACCCGCUGUCCGUCGGCGAGCUGUCCCGCGCCUUCGACGCGCCGGUGCAGCUCUACGCGCCCUACUUCUGCCCCGGCAGCGACUACUUCAACGACACGUCGCCGUGGACGUCUCUGGUCUCGAACACGAGCCGCGAGGGCUGCCGCGACUACGCGUUCGAAGACGUGGCGCCGGCGCAGUCGUUGGAGUUUUACGGCGCUAUGUUCGACCGGGGGAUGGCCCAGGGCAUGGUGAGCUUCGAGCCCGACUUCAUGCAGGCGAACUACAACUGCGUCGACGACUUCGUACAGACCGUCGACGCGGCGGAGACCUGGCAGCGGGGCAUGGCCGACGCGGCCCUGGCGAGGAACGUGAGCGUGCAAUGGUGCUACGCGACGCCCACGGACGUCCUCUCCGCGACGGCGUUCCCCGCGGUGACGAACUUCCGCGUGUCGAACGACUUCUGCUACGGCGAGUCCUGGGACGUCGGCGUCUCGUCGCUGCUCGUCUGGGCGCUGGGCAAGGCGCCGUCCAAGGACACGCUCUGGACGUCGGACAACAACCGGACGGCGACGCCGGGCUGCCCCUGGACGCCCGACCACGAGACCGCGGCGGCGCCGCUCCACGUCGCCGUCGCGCUGAUGAGCGGCGGGCCCGUGGGCAUCUCCGACGGCCUCGGCCACACGGACUACGACCUUUUGAAGUCGGCGAUCUCCGCCGACGGGACGCUGCUCAACGCGGCGAAGUCGCUCACGUCCGUCGACUCGAUUUUGGCGGGGAACGGGCCGGCCGGCGGCCACGUGCUCGGCGCGCACGUCCCCUUCGGGAGCGCCGCCGCCGCCCACGGCCUCGUCUCCUUCAAGCUCAAGGACCCUUUUGCCGUGAACGCGUCGGACUUCUACCCGCGGCUCGCGGCGAACGUGACGUUCGCGGUCCGCGAGCGCCUCGGCGCGCCGUGCGCCGACGGCGCGCCCGCGGCGUCCUGCGUGACGUUCACGACGGCGGCCGCCGCGCCCGUCGUCACGCUGCCGGCGUCGGACUUCUCCAACGCGACGGCGGGCACGGACUACGCGCCGUCGGUCACGUGGCUCGCGCCCGUCUGCGAAUCCGGGCACGCGCUUUUGGGCGAUCUGGGAAAGAUCGUGCCGCUGAGCCCGAAGCGCUUCACAAAGAUCGCCUGCACGCCCCACGGCAUCUCCGCGACCGUCGUCGGCGCGCCGCGGGAGGAGGUGCCCCUGACCUACCUCCGCCCCGCGGCGGCGGGCGCGGUCGUCCAGGUCCUCACGAUCGUCGUCCCGCCGUCCGGCGAGCUCGAGCUUUAA